CAGAAAUCACUCUUUCUUAGUUCUUAGGCACAAAGACCUUUUACUGAUUAGCUGUUAAAAAUCUGCACAAAGAGGCCCCUGUGUAUCGUUUCAAUGCUUCGGUUCUUUGGUGUCAUUUUUUAAAGCAGAUUUCAGGACCAGGCUACAGCAUUAAUUUCCUUUAACAUGUCUAUACUCCAUGUACUAUUUUUACGAUAAUAACACUGUCUCUUACUAGAUAAGUGGGAUAUAGAGAACAUGCACAUGCAUCGAAUGUUAUUUGUUUAACAGAAGGCGCAGCUACAUUGUAAGUGGCUGCAGGUUGCAUUUUUGCUUUGGAAGGUCAGUCACGGACAUAAAUAUUCCUAUUAUAAAGUCCAUCAUUAUAUUUUAUUGUCUAUCUGUUCGGCUGAGAUAAGAGCCAGCAGGCUUAUCCGUUUACAGAAAGAGAUUCUUCAAAGUGCACUUCUCCUUCCAUAGGCCUUUUGCUAAAUCAGACUGUCAACACAAAUCAAAUUAGGCAGGUAAGGCAGGUGGCCGGCCAUUCUUCUCCUUUGAUGAGAAAAUUGCAUUUGACGUUUCCAGCCGAGCUAUAAAUAGACCAUAUAUGAUGGAAAACUCCCUUACAGAGUGUCAUGACAUAUUAUGUUCUAAGCACUGUAGAAAGCAUGUUAUUUAAAAAAAAAAAGGGGGUGCUCUUAAAUAUUAGAUUGAACAAAAUAAUGCCACCGUAAAAUUGUCCCCUUGUGCAGACAAAUAGAAAAGCCCAUUUGGUACAGGGUUGCCAGAUACGCUCCAUUCUGGUCAGUGGUGAUGAUAAUUUCGGUGCUGGAAAUGAGCACUUGCAUGUACCUCUUUUAUGUGUAUAUGUACAGUUAGAAUAGAGAAUUGAUUAACGCGCACAUUUGAAGGACUUAUACCACGUUAUUGCAAAUCGCAAAAUCAAUCUGGCAACCCUGCAGCAGCAGCAGCGUGCGCACUUGGAGCCGCUCAAACCGCGAUGACACGAGCGCAGGGAAGGAAAGAGGCGGCACUAAGACCACGAGACUGAGCGUUGGGACUUGGGCGCAAGGUAAGAAUGGGAGCUUCGGAAACUUAUUAUUAUUGAGAAGGCAGCAGCUCGGGUUAAGGAUGAUGCGCUUCCAUCCUCACCCGCAAUGAGCAAAAAAAAAAAAAAAAAGAACACGCAUGAAGACACAAUUGAGCCGAAAUCCGAGUCCCCCACCGGCGACGCAUUAAAUCCGCAGGAACAAUUCAUCAGGAGUGGAAAGCUUGCUGACGGCGCAUCUGUUGAGGGACCGCAACUCUAAUCUCCAACUUUAAGCAUCCAGGACAAGAUUGAAGCUCCUGUGAGAUGUGACUGAGCAAAUGAGCACCGCGGCGGUGAUAGAAAAGGGGCGAAACUCCGUGCAACGCUUGGAGGGGGACAGAUGGUCAUGUCUUUCUCUCUUCUGUCUUUGUUUAUUUUCAGUAAAGAAAUGAUGCAUCGUGAUCAGGCAGAUCUGAGUUUCUGUUCAGUUCUCUGUAAGACUGACAUGCACUAAGGACACCUGCGGAGGAAGAGGAUCAUAUGGUCAAAUAUACGCGAGCAUGUCCGCUCUUCGGAAAAAAUUUGGCGACGACUACCAGAUAGUGACCACUUCAUCCAGCGGCUCGGGCUUCAGCCAGGCCGCCCCGGAGCGGAAACGGAAACGGCAGCGCUUCGUGGACAAGAACGGCCGCUGUAACGUCCAGCACGGGAACCUGGGCGGUGAAACCAGUCGCUACCUGUCCGACUUGUUCACCACUCUGGUGGACUUGAAAUGGCGCUGGAACCUGUUCAUAUUCAUCCUGACCUACACGGUGGCGUGGCUCUUCAUGGCCUUCAUGUGGUGGUUGAUCGCGUACGUGCGCGGGGACCUGAGCCGAGCGCACGACGACAAGUACACACCGUGCGUGGCCAACGUGUACAACUUCCCCUCGGCGUUCCUCUUCUUCAUCGAGACCGAGGCCACGAUCGGCUACGGCUACAGGUACAUAACGGACAAGUGUCCCGAGGGCAUCAUCUUGUUCCUCUUUCAGUCCAUCCUCGGCUCCAUCGUCGACGCGUUUUUAAUAGGCUGCAUGUUCAUUAAGAUGUCCCAGCCCAAGAAAAGGGCCGAGACGCUGAUGUUCAGCGAGCACGCAGUCAUCUCCAUGCGGGACGGAAAACUAACCCUCAUGUUCAGGGUCGGAAACCUGCGCAACAGCCACAUGGUCUCCGCGCAGAUUCGCUGCAAACUGCUGAAAUCUCGGCAGACCCCUGAAGGUGAGUUCCUCCCUUUAGAUCAGUUGGAGCUAGAUGUCGGUUUCAGCACUGGAGCAGAUCAGCUCUUUUUGGUGUCUCCCCUCACCAUCUGUCAUGUGAUCGACAGCAAAAGCCCCUUUUAUGAACUCUCGCAGCGCUCCAUGCAGACCGAGCAGUUUGAAAUUGUGGUGAUACUGGAAGGAAUUGUGGAAACCACAGGCAUGACUUGCCAAGCGAGGACGUCAUACACGGAAGACGAGGUUCUGUGGGGCCAUCGGUUCUUUCCUGUCAUCUCUCUGGAGGAGGGAUUUUUCAAGGUGGACUACUCUCAGUUCCAUGCAACGUUCGAGGUCCACACGCCACCCUACAGUGUCAAAGAGCAGGACGAGGUGCUGCUCAUGUCCUCGCCACUCACUGCUCCGUCACUGUGUAACAGUGGUGAGAAAAACAACUCUCUGGACUGUCUGGAGCUUUUCGAGGAUGCAGAGACAACCACCAAGCUCCCAGCUAAGUUGCAGAAGAUGACAGGACGUGACGGGAUGCCAAGGAAGCUGCUCAGAAUGAGCUCCACUACAUCAGAGAUGACCUACAGUUUGGGAGACUUGUCCACAAAGCUGCAGCGCAUCAGCUCUGUGCCAGGCAUCUCUGAAGAAAGGAAUGUAUCUAAGAGCUCCAAAAUAAAUGCAGAGCCCAUCAGCCAAUCUGUGGCUGAUUUGCCCCCCAAGCUACAGCGAAUGGCAGGGGGAGGAGGACGCAUGGAUGGACAUUUGCCACCCAAAUUACGAAAGAUGAACUCAGAUCGGUUCACGUAGAUGACAAGCACCUGCACACACAUGUACUAUACUUUUCCUUUAUGCUUGCUAGCAUGGACAUAAUGAUACGCCUAGCGUACUUAUAAACGAGGACACCUUUAAUAAAGCACAUUUGUGGAAAUGUGUGGGUAGACAUGCAGUAAGGAAGUUCUUUCAGGUUGUGAUUUUUAAGCACAAUCUGGCAUGUUUGAAACUCUUAAGUGCAUGUUAAUGCAGUUUUUUGCUGCCAGGCAUGUUUUAUUUAGGCACGUUUAUUUGAAGAGUGAAUAAAAUUUCAAAAGACAA